AAUAACAUCAAGAACUUUCAGAAGAUAUUUACCCUAGAGUUUUUUUUUUUUUUAAGUUCAAUUUAGGGUUCUUCUCGUUUCCUUACCUAGACAAAGAGCGUGAACGGAGAUCGGAUUAUAAGCUAUGGAUAGAGCCUGGGGUUCGAAGCCUGGUAGCGGAGGCGCCGCCACCGGCCAGAACGAGGCCAUAGAUCGCCGUGAUCGUCUCCGUCGUCUUGCUCUUGAAACCAUAAACCUUGCAAAAGAUCCUUAUUUCAAACAAAAUCACUAUGGAACCUAUGAGUGUAUACUUUGUGCAACGUUGCAUAACAACGAAGGAAACUACUUGGCACAUACUCAAGGUAAAAAGCAUCAGACCAACUUGGCAAAGAGAGCUGCCUUGGAGGCUAAGAAUGCUUCAGCUCAGCCGCAACCGCAGCCACAUAAACGCAAAGUCUCAGUUCGCAGAACAGUUAAAAUCGGUAGACCAGGAUAUAGGGUUACAAAGCAAUACGAUCCUGAGCUGAAGCAAAGAUAUCUUUUGUUCCAAAUUGAAUAUCCUGAGAUUGAAGACAACAUAAAGCCAAGACAUCGUUUCAUGUCAUCUUAUGAACAGAAAGUUCAACCUUAUGACAAGAGAUAUCAAUACCUUUUAGUUGCAGCUGAACCAUACGAAACCAUAUCUUUCAAACCCAACAAGCCUCAGUCCUCUGUUGGAGCAUAUGGACUUCCACCGCCGCCACCACCACUUCCAAUGGCUAAUGAGCUUUGGCCCAUCCCGCCGCCUCCACCACCGGGCAACAUGUGAAAGUGAAACUAGCAAUGCAAGAAUCAACUUUGGUAAAAGAGUGUGCUCUUUGACUAUUAUAUUUUGAUAUUGAUUCUUAAUGCAUAUGUGUUAACUCUCUUGAUAGGCGGAAUUUCAUUUAUGUGUUAACCCUUCUUUUACCUUUUAUGAGUUUUCUUUAUGCCAAAACACACUACUUUUGAUAGGUUUGUUUUUCCGUACGUUAGUUUAAUACAAUUUUUUUCCUUUA